ACGUGUCAUAAACUGGAGAGAGGCACCGAGGAAGAGAAGACGAAGAAGAAGGCGACCAUGUUGAUUUAAAGGAAGAAACACAAUAGAGGAGAUUUAUUUCAAGUAAAAAUCAGUUAAUAAAGGGGAUUGUAAAGGAAGCAGUUCAUCAACCGCACACUGAAUACACCUUGUAAAAAUAACAAAGGAACUAAGGUUACAAGUUUGAGUUGUUGGCUGACUUUGAGGAGGUAGCGGGUUGAUCACAGCCGCACUCACACACUUCACACACCGACCGGAAGACCUGCGGUGUCUGGGGAGAGAGUCGAACACCUGGAGGAGAAAGGAAGCGCACACUGAGGACUCAAAAGGGGUGAAAAGCUUUUUGGCUUUGGACUAGAAACCCCCUUUGUAUCUGUGAAUUCAGGAUCCAGGUUUUUUUUUUCUCACACUGGAGCGACAUAUCCACACCCAGUGGAAACAAACAGAGCAUUCCAGACUAUAGGAUAUUGGGGAAAACAGAAGAACAGGAAGAACAGGGAUAUUGAGCAACUCUAUGGACUCAAAGUGGAAAGAGGAAAUGUUGUUCAAUUUAGAAUUAAGCAUUGAACUAAGAUUAUAUUGAAGAGGCUGUUCCCCAAGUUCAGAUUGCCUUAGUUGUUCUAUUUCAGGACUUGAACCGCUUUGAUACUUGUUCACAUAUAAUUUUUCUAUAUUGUGGGCAAGUAUAUACAUGCAUAUGAAUGCAAAUUUCUCUUCAUUUUGAAGAGCUCUUGUGUAAAAACGUGUUUUUCUUUUUUUUGUUCCUGUAAGUCAGUCACUCUUUUGUUGAAGGGGACCGAACUGCACUUACAUGUGUAUAUGUAAAUACUACCAAUUGACUUCAGUUGUGAAAGCUUUGGACUUAAAAAGAAUAGAGAAUAUUGUUUGUUAAUGCUUUAUUAAACUUUUUUACUUUUGAAGAGAAUUUUAAAAAAGAAAAAUCUAAGAGGCAAAAAUCUAAUACUUUUGAAGAAGGAAAAAAAAACAAAAGCAAGGAAAACGGGACAAAAUGGCAACCGCCAGAACAGAAAACGUUGGCCCGAUCGUCAUGGGACUGAACAAGCAGAAUGGGCAGCUCAGAGGACAGACCAAAUCAGCUUCAGUCCAGCCAGCACCCACAACUCUAGGAAAGGCUUUGGGUGCACCCCAGAUAGUCGGCGGUGCUGCUCAGGAAGGAGGAGGCAUCAAGUUUGGAGAUGACUGGAAAAAGAGCCUAAAGCUCCCACCCAAAGACAACAGGGUCAAAACCUCAGAUGUGACGUCCACUAAGGGGAAUGAAUUUGAAGAUUACUGUCUCAAAAGAGAACUCCUGAUGGGCAUCUUUGAGAUGGGCUGGGAGAAACCUUCCCCUAUCCAGGAGGAGAGCAUUCCCAUCGCCCUGUCUGGACGGGACAUUCUAGCUCGGGCUAAGAACGGAACAGGGAAAAGUGGAGCCUAUCUCAUCCCACUGCUGGAGAGAAUAGACCUGAAAAAGGACCACAUACAGGCACUUGUCAUGGUUCCCACCCGUGAGCUGGCUUUGCAGGUGAGCCAGAUCUCCAUCCAGAUCAGCAAACACCUGGGGGGAGUCAAAGUCAUGGCCACCACCGGGGGCACCAACCUGCGAGAUGACAUCAUGCGUCUGGAUGAGACCGUGCAUGUUGUCAUCGCCACGCCUGGUAGGAUCCUGGACUUGAUAAAGAAGGGAGUGGCAAAGGUGGAUAGAGUCCAAAUAAUGGUGAUGGACGAGGCCGACAAGCUGCUGUCUCAGGAUUUCGUGGUGCUCAUCGAGGAUAUCAUCAGCUUCCUGGCCAAGAACAGGCAGAUCCUGCUCUACUCCGCAACCUUUCCCAUCAGCGUGCAGAAGUUCAUGGCCAAGCAUCUUCAGAAACCCUACGAGAUAAACCUGAUGGAGGAGCUGACUCUUAAGGGCAUUACUCAAUACUACGCCUACGUCACGGAGAGGCAGAAAGUCCACUGCCUCAACACACUGUUCUCCAGGCUUCAGAUCAACCAGUCGAUCAUCUUCUGUAACUCCACUCAGAGGGUGGAGCUUUUGGCCAAGAAGAUCACUCAGCUGGGCUACUCCUGCUUCUACAUCCACGCCAAGAUGAUGCAGGAAUACAGAAACCGUGUGUUUCAUGACUUCAGAAAUGGACUGUGCAGAAACCUGGUCUGCACUGAUCUCUUCACCAGGGGUAUUGACAUCCAAGCUGUCAAUGUAGUCAUCAACUUUGACUUUCCCAAGAAUGCUGAGACGUACCUCCAUCGUAUUGGAAGAUCAGGGAGGUUCGGUCACCUGGGCUUGGCCAUCAACCUGAUCACAUCAGAGGACCGCUUCAACCUAAAGGCCAUCGAGGACCAGCUGGUGACCGACAUCAAGCCCAUUCCCAGCAGCAUCGACAAGAGCCUCUACGUGGCCGAGUUCCACACGUCCGGCGCCGACUGCGACGUGGAGGAGAUCGAGGAGAAACCAGGACGCCAACAGGACAGGGCCUAAAACAGGACGCUACGGACUUUUGCAUCGGCAUCUUCACUUACACACAGGCAACUCUUCAGUUCCAUGUUUCUCCCAGAGCCCGUCGAAUGGACGUAAAGGCGCUUUUCUUUUGGUUUUUCUAAGCAUUUCUUUAUCUUUUCCACAAAGAGCUGCCUCGUUUAUUUUUUCAUAAUGAAUUGAGAAACCAUAUUGUUUUGCACCAACCCCAGACUGGACUGUGCGUAUGAGCUUAGUGUUUGUUAAACGCAGGCAGCAGAGUAUCAAAGCGGUUGUGAAGCCGCCGUCGGCAGCGAGGCCGUUUUAACGUUCCCAUGGUGCACUCCCACCGGUCCACUUCACACUGUCGUCACUCAAGUGCCUUACUUACUCCAUGUGCACUCAUCCAUUCACAGCCUGCUGUCUUCUGUCAGGCAGCAGAGUACGAGCACAAAUAAGAUGACUUUAAUAGUAACCCAAGUUUAUUUAAACAUCCAUUA